CAUUUCGGAAAGCGUCUCUGGCACAUGGGCUUUAUGAGAUCUCUCGCUCAGAAGCGUUCUAACGGGACGAGCUGAGGCGGUUCAUUAAUCCGCGUCUUACAGGCGUCCUCUCUUACAUGCCACAAUAACCAUCAGCCUUUCAAACUUACAUUUUCAUUCUAAUAACAACGACAUCAGGAGGCAAUCAUGACUAUAGACGCGCCCGUUAUUUUGUCUGCACUUUUCUUUACGAUUAUUGCAAUUAUAGUCGCAUCGGCGUUCCUAUCGAAGAAAUCUCCGCAAAAGAAAGAACAGAAACAGAAACAGCCCGAGGAGAGAUCAGAGCGGGUUACUGAGUAUCACCAGCCCAGAGUGGAGCAACCAGCUCCAGUACAGAAGGAGGUGAUUAUUGAAAAGAAAAAGGAUGAAACUGUUCCUGUCGUAGAAGCUGAAGUCAUCCCCGUGCAACAAACACCUGUGCAGACAGAGGUAAAGGCUGAGGAGGAGGUAGCUGAUGAGCCGAAAAAGGAAGAGCCUGUUGCAGUCGCACCUGUAAUUGAGGAAGUUGGUGUUGUAGAGGAACAGCCUGCAGUUGAACCUGAGAUCAUCCCUGUGCAAGAAACACCUGUCCAGGCAGCUCCAGAACCUGAGCCUGAGCCCGAGCCUGUGCUAGAGCCAGAGCCUGUAGCCGAAGCAGUCGUAGCAUCUGCACCCGUGGAAGAACCCGUCCCUGUGCCAGAGACAGUGCCUGAGCAAGUACCCGCCUCAUCACCAGAACCAGUGUCUGCAACAGUAGAAGAGCCAGUCCCAGAACCAGUGGAAGAGCCAGUCCCAGAACCAGUGGAAGAGCCAGUCCCAGAACCAGUGAAGGAGUCUGUCCCAGAACCAGUGAAGGAGUCUGUCCCAGAACCAGUGAAGGAGUCUGUCCCAGAACCAGUGAAGGAGUCUGUCCCAGAACCAGUGAAGGAGUCUGUCCCAGAACCAGUGAAGGAGUCUGUCCCAGAACCAGUGAAGGAGUCUGUCCCAGAACCAGUGAAGGAGUCUGUCCCAGAACCAGUGAAGGAGUCUGUCCCAGAACCAGUAAAGGAGUCUGUCCCAGAACCAGAACCAGUGCCUGAACCAGUCCCAGAGGUGCCCAUCCAUGAACCAGCAUCUGAACCCACUCCUGAACCAGUAUCGGUGUCCACCCCAGAAACAACAUCUCCACCAACGCCAGAACCAGUUUCUGUACCAAUCCCUGAAUCAGAGCCUACACCCAUUGCAGAGCCGCCAUCUGCACCGACCCCUGAAGAAUCACCUGAGACCUCACCAGCAGCCGAAUCCCUUCCAGAGGCUUUUCCAGAGACCCUAGAAAAUAAUGAUGUUGCAGCUGCUUUACUGACAGAUGAGGUUGAAACCCUAGAUGUUGUGCCUGGCAAUAAAAGGGCCGCCAAGUUUGAGAAGCUAAUGACCAAGGAGGAGAUGGAAGAGGAGCAAAGGAUAGAGUUCACAAAUGACUUUACAGCUCUUUAAACAACACCAGGCAGUAUGCCUGUGUCAGACCACUGGGUACAGCAGGAGCAGCUGGCUGCCAUCUUCAAACUGCUCCGAGAGAAUGAGGACACGUUUGGAGAGAUGACGGAGGGAGAUGUGGAGGAACAGCUCAAACUUUAUUCGCUUUAGUCUGACCGUACACACACGCAGUUUCAUAUAGGACAGAACAUGGGCUUUUCACACUGCGGUUGACCCGGGUUAACAUCUGUAGCACUGUUUAAACUUACUGUACAUGGUUGGAGUCACAGAAAAUCCAGAUUUUUAUUAAAGUAAUAGUAGGGUUGAGGGUUAAGCUGCGUUUAAUGCUCGUACACUGUAAAAAGUAAAAAACACAAUUUGUUGAGUCAUCUUAAAAUAAUAAUUUGUUACCCUGUUGUCUUAAAAUUUUAAGUUCAGUCAACUAAAAUAAGUUCAGUCAACUUGAAAUGUUUAGUUGUACUAAGUAACAACUUGUAUGUGUUUGCUAAACUUAACAGAUGGGUAAGUAACCCAGCUGCCUUAAAAUUUUAAGUUGAUUCAACUCAAAUAUCUAAGUUGUCACUUAGUAUAAUUUAACAUUUCAAGUUGAAUAAACUUUUUUUGAGUUGACUGAACUUAAAAUUUUAAGGCAGCCAGGUUACAAAUUAUUUUAAGUUGACUCAACAAAUUGUUUUUUUACAGUGUAAUUUGAAAAGAGUUCACCUUCAACCCUAAAAUAUUAAUGUGGAAAAACUCAGCUUGAUCUCCACAUGAUCACUGUUUAUGAUACACAGAUACUGUAGUGUUCUCAUGAACAUAUCAGCUGAACUUUUUACUCAUUUUCUAGGUUUUUUAGUGUGUGAAUUGGAAAUGUAAAUAGUCUUGCAUUUCUUUUGAUGCUGAUAUGAAUUAAUGCUUCACAAACAAAUUCUGAUCUGUUAUAUAUAACUCAUAUUGCAUUUCACGGUUGCGUUUUCUAUGUAGAUUGUUAUAACUCUUUUUGUUUGUUUCUAUUUACUUGAAGAACAAAUAUAUAUUAAAAUAGGAUUUGUAUUUCCUUCAACAUUUUUGAAACUUAUUACCUUUUAGCCUACUCAUAAACAUACCACAAACAUGGCCAAACAUGUUUUUUCACCAAGAGAGAAAGAAAGAGUCUCCCUUACAUCAAAACAGGCCCAGACAGUGUUAAUUGUGGAACAAAUGGGACAUUUCAGGCGAUCAAUGUCCUUUGUUUAAGACGAAAAAAAAUUUAAUUGUUUAAAAACGAUGUGCUACACUGUGACAGUGUGAAAGAAGAUGUGGGAAAACAUAGGCUAAAUGCAGCCAAUGGAUUAAAUUUGUUUAAAACAGCAUCUGAGAAAAUUAACAUUCAAACGAGGGCUGUGAGAACCAAAGACCUUAAACUAGAAAAGUUAGCAGUUACACAAUGGCAAGUUGUCGAACAAGUAUUUCGACAAAGUAAUGGAAACUGUUUCUGAAGUAAUAUAUUGUUUCACACACGUGCACAUCAUACAGUUUACAGACGAAGAACAUGCAUGUUUAAACAUGCGUAUAGUGGCAACAGCGUCAUUGUUUACCGACUGAUAUAAAUAGAGCGUGACGAAAAAUUCUUAUUUUUUAUUUUGUAUUUCAAAUAUUUAAAUAGGACUUUAUAGAUCUAAACGCGGUUUGUUGGAACACGCCACACCUCUUGCAAUACUUUGAACCGCCCAAACUGUUAUCGGGCGAUUUAAACAUUUGUUGCGGGAACGCGACUCAUUGUUUUAGCCUACAAUCACCUGGACGCCGAAUCGUCGUACUGCUAUUACCUGUAAAUUACCAGCACUGAAAUGGCUGACAACAUUAACGUUGACGAGGCUCGAACCGGCGAAGACAAAGCAACUCCUGUUGACAACGUUUGUCUUGUAACAAAUGGCGAACAGAAUACAACUCAAUUUCAGCUUGUUACGCCAUCAGAAGUCCCAUCGUCAUGUGUACCUGAUAAAACAGCAGCCCUGGAUAAGCUCAUAACGGAGGCAUCGGUACCU